GCGUGCGCGCCCCCGUGUGUCACCUUGCUCCAUCGCUAGAGGUAAAGCACCGACCAGAGCUGCAGCUACGCGAGGCCAGAAUCAGGGCCGUUACCGAGGGCCUGUCGUCCGGUUUGAAAAGAGCCAGAGAGAAAAUGGCGGAAGCUUCUAAACCGAAGACCUCUCCCAAGGCCAUUAAGUUCCUCUUCGGGGGACUGGCAGGGAUGGGAGCGACAGUAUUCGUCCAGCCUCUAGAUCUAGUGAAGAACAGGAUGCAGCUGAGUGGCCAGGGAGGAAAGGCCCGGGAAUACAAGACCAGCUUCCACGCUCUGGCCUCAAUACUGAAGAAUGAAGGACUAGGAGGCAUCUAUACUGGUCUGUCAGCAGGCCUUCUCCGUCAGGCCACCUACACCACCACUAGGUUAGGGAUCUACACGGUGUUGUUUGAGAAGAUGACGGGACCGGACGGGACCCCGCCCAACUUCCUCAUGAAGGCUCUGAUUGGUAUGACGGCCGGAGCCACUGGAGCCUUCGUAGGAACACCUGCUGAAGUCGCCUUGAUCAGGAUGACUGCAGACGGACGUCUCCCUGCAGACCAGAAGAGAGGGUAUUCUAAUGUGUUCAACGCUCUGGCCAGAAUCACUAAAGAAGAGGGUGUUACCACACUAUGGAGGGGGUGUAUUCCCACGAUGGCCCGUGCUGUAGUGGUCAACGCUGCCCAGCUGGCCUCCUACUCUCAGAGCAAACAGGCUCUUAUCGAGACAGGGUAUUUUGUGGAUGGUAUCUUCCUUCAUUUCUGUGCCAGUAUGAUCAGUGGGCUGGUAACCACGGCAGCAUCCAUGCCCGUCGACAUCGUCAAGACCAGGAUUCAGAACAUGAGAAUGAUUGAUGGAAAACCAGAGUUUAAGAAUGGCCUGGACGUGUUGGCGAGGGUGAUCCGUAACGAAGGGUUCUUCUCUCUCUGGAAGGGUUUCACUCCAUACUACGCCAGGCUGGGACCUCACACCGUCCUCACCUUCAUCUUCCUGGAACAGAUGAACAAGGCUUAUAAAGUCUACUUCCUAGACUAGAGACUGGAUAUAUAAGGAUUGGGGGACGCUGAUCCUGGAGCAACGCACACAGACACACACAGACACACAGACACACACACACACACACACAGACACACACACACA